UUCGGCUCUGCCCGGCUCUGCCCGGCUCUGCCCGGCUCUGCCCGGCUCUGCCCGGCUCUCCCGGCUGCGGCUGCCCGGCCAUGGCGGAGCUGAGCGCGGAGCGGCUGCGGGCGCUGCCCGGCAGCUGGAGUUACGGGAUCAGCCAGGGCGGCCGCGUCUUCUUCAUCAACGAGGAGGCGAAGAGCACGACCUGGCUGCACCCGCUCACCGGCGAGGCCGUGAUCACCGGGCACCGCCGCAGCGCAGACUUACCCACAGGUUGGGAGGAAGCCUAUACUUUUGAAGGUGCAAGAUAUUAUGUAAAUCAUAAUGAACGAAAAGUAACCUGCAAACAUCCAGUGACAGGACAGCCAUCACAGGACAACUGUAUUUUUGUUGUGAAUGAGCAGACUGCUGCAGCAAUGUCAUCUGAAGAAAAGAAGGAGCGACCAGUAAGCAUGAUAUGUGAAGCAACUAACUAUAAUCUGACAUCAGAUUAUGCUGCUCAUCCAAUGAGCCCUGUGGGCAGAACAUCACGAUCUUCAAAGAAGGUUCAUAAUUUUGGGAAGAGAUCGAACUCCAUAAAGAGAAAUCCUAAUGCACCAGUUGUCAGACGAGGCUGGCUCUACAAACAGGACAGCACUGGAAUGAAGCUGUGGAAGAAGCGCUGGUUUGUGCUCUCAGAUCUGUGUCUCUUCUAUUACAGAGAUGAGAAGGAAGAAGGAAUCCUGGGGAGCAUACUUCUGCCUAGUUUCCAGAUAUCUGUGCUGUCUGCUGAGGACCACAUUAACCGCAAAUACGCCUUUAAGGCAGCUCAUCCAAACAUGAGGACCUAUUAUUUCUGCACAGAUACAGGGAAGGAGAUGGAGUUGUGGAUGAAAGCCAUGAUAGAUGCAGCACUUGUGCAAACAGAGCCUGUGAAAAGAAUAGAGAAGUUCACUGUUGAAAAUACAUCACCUCGAGAGGCAAAUAACAUUUCAAACCAUCGGGUGCUAAUUAAGCCAGAGGCACAAAACAACCAGAAAAACAAAGAAGUGAACAAAAACGAGGAGAAGAAAGCUUUGGAAGCUGAAAAGUACGGAUUCCAGAAAGUCGGGCAAGACAAACCGUUAACAAAAAUCAACAGCGUGAAGCUGAACCCUUUGGGAUCCGAGUACAGGACUUUGCCCAUAAGCACAAUUCCAGGUGGGCACUUCAGGCCUGUCCAUUUGAAUGGCUCUGAGAGUAAAUCCAUGGGAGUGGUGCUGGCAGAUGUUGGGGAUGGGGCCCAUCACAACGCGGUGCCGGCGCACGCCGAGUCCGAGCGGGUCAUGCAGAGAACCAACUCCAUGCUGCAGCUGGAGCAGUGGAUUAAAAUCCAGAGGGGGAAAGGACAUGAGGAGGAAACAAGAGGCAUCAUCUCCUACCAGACACUGCCGAGGAACAUGCCAAGCCAUCGAGCUCAGGUGCUGCCCCGGUACCCAGAGGGGUACAGGACACUGCCAAGGAACAGCAAGACACGUCCAGAAAGCCUCUGCAGCGUGGCUCCCUCGGCGUACGACAGAGCCGCGGGGCCCGCGAGCGCCGAGGACAAGCGGCGCUCCAUGCGCGACGACACGAUGUGGCAGCUCUACGAGUGGCAGCAGCGCCAGUUCUACAACAAGCAGAGCACUCUCAGCAGGCACGGCACCCUGAGCAGCCCAAAAACCAUGAUCAACAUCUCUGAUCAGACCAUGCACUCCAUUCCCACGUCCCCCUCGCACGGCUCCAUCGCCGCGUUCCAGGGAUACUCCCCGCAGCGGACGUACCGCUCGGAGGUGUCGUCGCCAGUGCAGAGGGGAGAUGUAACCAUCGACCGCAGGCACAGGACACACCACACAAAGCAUGUCUUUGUGCCUGACAGAAGGUCGAUGCCAGCAGGUCUGAGUUUACAGCCUGUUACUUCUCAGAGCCUCCAAGGCAAAACACCGGAGGAGCUGACGCUGCUGCUCAUAAAGCUGAGACGGCAGCAGGCGGAGCUGAGUAGUAUCCGGGAGCACACACUAGCACAGCUCAUGCAGCUAAAGCUUGAGGCCAGCAGCCCAAAGAAUGAGAUUCUUUCACAUCACCUUCAAAGGAAUGCCAUAUAUUUGGAUCACCAGAUGAAAGAGAAUGAACCUUUAAUCACCAUGGUUCACACUAUGAUUGAGAACUCGGCGCUAAGACCGCAACUGUACCAUCAAUUAACACAAGAAGAAUGUAGGGGUACACUAUACAAAUAUAGAACUGAAGAGCUGGACAUUGAUGCUAAGCUUAGCCGUUUAUGUGAACAGGAUAAAGUCGUGCAAGCACUGGAGGAGAAGCUCCAACAGCUACACAAGGAGAAAUACACGCUUGAGCAAGCUUUGCUAUCAGCAAGCCAGGAGAUAGAAAUGAAUGCAGAUAACCCAGCAGCCAUCCAGAAUGUUGUCCUACAGAGAGAUGACUUGCAGAACGGGCUGCUCAGCACUUGUCGGGAGGUGUCCCGAGCCACUGCAGAACUGGAAAGAGCUUGGAGAGAAUAUGAUAAAUUGGAGUAUGAUGUAACUAUAACAAGGAACCACAUGCAAGAGCAGCUCGAUCGGCUUGGAGAAAUCCAGACUGAAUCAGCAGGGAUACAGCGUGCUCAGAUUCAGAAGGAACUGUGGAGAAUUCAGGAUGUCAUGGAGGGUUUACUUAAACAUAAACAGCAAAGAAGCUCUUCUGAGGCAGGCAUCAUGAUAUCAAGGACAUUUUCUUCUAUUAAAUAUAAAAAUGAGGAAGAGGAAGUAGUCCCACCUCGUCCUCCACUCCCUCGGUCCUAUGACUUUACAGAGCAUCCUCCCAUAAUCCCCCCUCUGCCCAGUGAUAGCAGCUCCUUGCUCUGUUAUAGCAGGGGCCCAGUACAUCUGACAGAAGAAAAGAAGAUGUACCAAGUUCAAGGAUAUCAGAGAAAUGGAUCUUACUGUGGUCCUGAUUAUAGGCUUUAUAAGAGUGAACCCGAAUUAACUACAGUAGCAGAAGUGGAUGAGUCUAAUGGUGAAGAAAAAACAGAACCAGUUUCAGAAUCAGAAUCUUCUGCUAAAGGCUCACAUUUCCCUGUGGGAGUUGUACCACCCAGAACCAAAUCCCCAACACCAGAGUCCUCAACAAUAGCAUCCUAUGUCACUUUGAGGAAGAAUAAGAAGAUAGAUCUAAGAACGGAAAGACCAAGGAGUGCAGUGGAGCAGCUGUGCCUUGCAGAAGGCUCACGGCCUCGAAUGACUGUGGAGGAACAGAUGGAAAGAAUAAAGAGGCACCAACAAGCUUGUCUGAGAGAGAAGAGGAAAGGACUCAAUAUUAUUGGUGUUUCAGAGCAGCCUCCCUCCCAGAGCUUGUCCCAUGUCAGGGAUAAUCCACUCAAGCUGGCACAGAAUCGGAAAAAGGAUGAUACAGUAUCUGCUAACAUGAAGGAGUUAGAGAGCACCAGCAGAGAAAAUAAUUUGAAACAAAAAAAUGGAAGUCCUGGAGAAGAAAUAGCACAACUCAGAAAUGAUGGAGAUCAAGAACAUAAUUCAAGUUUUGCUAAAGAGCUGUCAAAAACUGAUGAUCUUUUAUCAGAUGCACAUGUUGUAUCUGACUCAAAAGAAGGGGGUAAUGAAGAGAAAGCAGAAAAGAAAAAUAAAUUGGAAGAAACACAUGAUGGUGAUAUAAGCAGCUUUCAGAGUGUGACCACAGUUGCAAACCACAAACCCAAAAGCAGCUCAGAAGAAAGUGAAAUACUCAGUGUUCAAGAACAAGAAGGGAUUGUGUCUUCAUUUGAAUUAGCAGCACAGUCUUCAAAAGGAAAUCAGGCAGCAGCAGCACUAAUGGCUUCUGUUGAAACAAUUCAUGCCUGAGAUGUAUGGACCUGACCUAUGAAAAUAUGAGAAGAUAUUGUACAGUAUAUUUUAAAUCUAUGAAAUUCAUAGUUCUGAUGCUUUUGGCCACAGAGCAUCAUUUUAUCACUUCCUGGAAAAUGUUUAUUCCAAGAGAGCUUUAAAUGGCCCACGUGUACACUCAACAACCUUCAGAUUGUUCUCCUGAUACCAGCUUGCUGCUACGAUUUCUGUGCACAUAAAACAAAGGCUCUUUUUAAUGUGCAGCCUACAGUCAGAACUUCAUUUGCUAUUCUUCAGAAUUUAAUGUUCUUUUAAUGAUGGAUCAUAUAAGUUUACUUUUUUUGCUUCUUUUAGAUGCAUAACUCGGUUAAUUUUACAUAUCACCACUAAACCUUGUUUUACACUUUUUAAACAUUACAGUUUAUUGUUUUAACAAAUUUAUUUGUAAAAUUUUUAUAUAUAUAUAUACAUAUAGAUAUAUUUAAAAUGUGCCAUUUUUAUUACUGCUUAGUAAGAGAUGUCCUGUUUCUGCUGUAAUGAUUUCUUGGUCAGGUUGCAAUGUCAGCAGUUACUGCCACUCUUCUGUCAACAUAGACAUUAAUGUUAGUGGUUCCUUUCUCUUGACUAAAAUGGAGUGUAGGUAUUUUGAGGUACUGGGCUUUUCCUUCAUGGGGUUGGGGUGUGUACAGCAAUAAGCAGGUUUUCAAUCCAGUACUUAGUUUGUGUACAAAUGUAAUUAUGUUCAUUGUGUAUAUAUUAUACAAUGAGCACAUACGAUGUAAGUAUAAGAAGCCACUUAUUAUUGUUCAAAUACGAAUGUUCAUAUCCCAUUUCUUUUAUAUCAUAUUAAAUAAAUGUUGAUGUUCUUAAGGACUUGUAUGGUUAGUAUUUCUUCCAGCAAACAGAUGUCGCACUGUGUUCCACCUUUUGAUGUGGGGAAUGCAACAAUUCCUACCCCAUUGGCAACAUCACCUGUCAACCAGAGUAGCAGUGACAGACUCUUAAGAGAUCCCAGUCUUCCUCUUCGGGAAAGAAUUAAGGCUACAACACAGAGCAAAACAGACAACCUGAGAAUGAGAUGCAAGAAAUACAGGUUCAGCUCCUGGCUCUCCCAGACUUGUGUUGUGGUACUGGAAUAAUCACUUAGUCAUUCUGCUCCUCCGUUCCCUGCCUGUUUACACGGGAGGUAAUAGCCUGUCUUAGUGGGGUGUGUUGGGCAGUAAUUCAAUAUUUGCAAACGCUGAUUGCCAAGUUCACUGGGGUUAAGGAGAGAAGUGUGAGGAUUCCUGGAGGCUUUGGCAUCUGCAUAGCAUCUUCCAGAAACUGAAAGAAAACCUGAAAUAAUCUGUCAAGUGUUGUCACACUACAGAUGUUACCAGCUUUGCUGUUCCGUCUCUCACAGCUGCCUGAUUUUGCCUGAGACAAAAGAGGGUUAGAAAAGAGUUAAGAGAAACAAAAAUAUUUCACGGAAAGCUUUUGAAUCCUAGGAUGUAAAGCUAAAGAAUCUUUUGCAGGUUCAGGCAACUGCUGUGUGCUUCAGUGCAUGUGUGUGCCAUAAGUGGUGAGGCAAGUUUCACAGGAAGGCAGCUGCCAGCUCCUGUUGGUUUUUUUUUUUAUCAUACAAAUCAUAUCCUGAUCAAGUUAAUAUUACUGUUCUAGAAGCUAUAUAAUUCAUUGUGCUUUUCCACAGAGGAGUGCCUGAUACUGUCUCACAGUUUGAAAUUACUUUACCAUUGCCCCUCUCCCCAAGUAGGAGUUUGUGUUUGUUGGAUUCUUCUGGCACUCCCAGUUCUGCUGCCUGUUCUUCCUGGUGCUCUUUGCCACAAAGAUACAGAGUAUGUCGUCUGGCUACCUGUUGUCCUGCCAUUUUCUCUGCAGAGUAAAAAAAAAUAGGGGUCAGAAUUCAGCAGCAGAGCCUGGAGGGGUUACAGUGGAAGAGGUGGCUGAAGGAAAGAUGAAUGAUGAUGCAGGCAUACAGCAUGGAGCUGAAAAGUUGCCACAUCGCCCUCUUUUUUUUGGAACAGCAGCUCCAAAUUAGUGCAUCCUUCCAUGCAAAAGACAGAGCAAGGAAAAAGAAUAUGAUUUUAUUGCACAACCAACCAAGGCUUAAGUUCAGUGGCAUCACUGGAACACCUGAGGCAGAGCAAAUAGACACACCCUGUUCUCUCCCUAACCCUUCUAGAGAGAUCUGUUUGCUGUCAAGUUUUGCAAUCUCUUUCAGCCCUUGCUGCCAAGAAAAGAAUUGCAACCAAUAAAGGAAAGAAUGACUAAGUGAUUUUUGGACAUUUAUAGAUGUUGCCUGUGUCUGAAACCAUUGUUGGUUUGGUGUAUCUGCAAGGAACAUGCAGUUUAUAAUGGAGCUGGGCAAGGGGGGAAGAAUGAGCAAGUUUUGCUGAACUGUUGGCAAAGACAGCAAAAGGUGAAUGAUGCAGGAAUAUAGUAAUGCUCAUAGACUAUCAUUUCUCUUCCUGUGGGCAAAGGCUGCAAAGACUUGGAGUUUCAUUGGGUGCUCUAUUUUUUUGUCUUACGGAAAAAAAAAUAAUAAAUGUAUGGCUUUGUGUUAUCACAGAGCAUCUGCUGUUUCUUACCUCAUCAGAAUAACUCAUCCCAGUGAUCGUACUCCUGAGAUAUAGAAAUAUCAGAAUACUGAUAUGGUCAGCCUUCAAACAUCUAUUUUAAGUUUGUAUCUUAGGAUAUUUUUAUAUUUCUGACUGAUGCUUUAUUGGCUAUUGCACUGACACUUGUAUAUAUGGAACGUGCUUUUUUUUCAAAAGCAGGAGUCCUUAGGAAUAAUGCAACACAUUCUCUACAGAUGUUCAUGCUUUUCAGAACCAAUUACAUCUAUUUUUGUCUUUUGUUCACCAUUUGCAUUGUUCCAAGGCUACUAGAGAAUGUGAAUCUUCAAAGUCCCUUAAUAAAGUGACAUUACUGAAAAAGUUA